AUGGUCACCUCUCUACAAGAGCUCGAAGAGCGCAUCGGAGCUCUUACAGACCAGAAUUCCACCUCUCCAACCGUCCCAGGAGUCGUGCUUCUAGCAACCAACUCAUCGCCCAACACUGAACCCCACGUCUUCACUACUGGAAUCGCAUCAGUCUCCCCAGACCGCACCCCAUCUCCACCCCUGGCACCCACUAGCACCCUCUGGUUCGCCUCCGCCACUAAGCUCCUCACCUCUAUCGCCGCCCUCCAGCUAGUCGAACGCAACCUCUGGUCCCUCGAUCGCCCGGUUGCCGACGCUCUCCCCGAACUCGGCCAACUCCGAGAACUCACCCUUUUCAACAACGCCGGUCAAGCCAUCUACGCCGACGGUCCCCCAGAAGGAGCACGAAUCACCCUCCGGCACCUUCUCACGCACACCUCCGGCAUGGCUUACGACUUCCUUAACCCGAAGCUCAUGCAAUGGUGGAAAGCUCACUCCGCCGCCGAAGGCAGGGACAUGCGCGCCGAAGCCGCAGGUACCAUCCUGGAAGGCUACGGCCACCCGCUCGUCCGCGAACCGGGAACUGGCUGGGAGUACAGUCCUUCGAUCGACUGGGCGGGCACGCUAGUGGCGAAGCUGCACGGCGAUGAGCCGGUAACGUCGGGAAGGCGAUUCAACGGGAAGUUCUGA